AUGAGCGACGGAAUCACCGCAUCGCGCGCGGAAGUUAUGGAGACCGUUUAUGAGCUCGCUUGCCUGCUCAACACUGGUCUUGAUCGCGACACUCUAGCGAUUCUCAUGGCGCUUAUUCAAAAAGAUAGUAAUGGAUCGUGUCAAGAACGUACAUACACUGGCGGCAAGCAGCCUUUGUCAACUCAGGAACUCCAGAAAAAGCGCCGCUCGGACUACUAA